CUAGGGCCAGCUCGAUCGGUGGAUCUUUUCCAUCCACCAUUUCUCUCAGUGAAGUCUGGAGAUUGUAUUAGCCUUAAAUGCCAAUUUGGAUACAAUCAUAGGACUGAAAGUGUGAUUUGGUACAAACAAAGCACUGGAGAGAUGCCUCGAAAAAUCGGAGAAAAAAUAGUGUAUAAAGAGGUCAAAUUUUCCAAAGAGUUCCAGAAUUCAGGCUAUAAUAUGCAGACGACUGAUAAUGCCAUUUUUCUGACAAUUCCAAAUAUUAAAAAAGAUCAUGAAGGACUUUACUACUGUGCGAAAUCAUUUUCCAUGGAGAAUGUUACACUGUCUAAUGGAACGUUCUUGGCUGUGACAGAUGACAGAGAUGUAAAAGUAUCGGUGUGGCAGCACGGCAUGUCGGACUCGGUUCCUGCAGGAGCCUCAGUGACUCUGCAGUGCUCAGUUCUCUCUGAGAGCAGAGCAGCAGAACUCCAAGUGCUCUGGUUCAGAGCUGCUCCACCACAAUCCCAUCCUCAAAUCAUUUACACUCAUCACAACAGCAGCCAUCAGUGUGAGAGCGGCUCUUCUACACACACCUGUGUGUACACCUUCACCAAGAACAUCCUCAGCCUCAACGAUACUGGAACUUACUACUGCGCUGUGGCCCUGUGUGGGAAGAUCGUAUUUGGGAACGGGACACCAGUGCAGCUGGGUUCAGUAAGAUCUGAGGAUCCUGUAGUGAUCAGCCUCGCUGUAGCUUUGGGAGUGUGUGUGGUUGUGAUCUUUGCUCAUAUUGCAAGCUGUACAUGGAGAAACUGUGAAUAUCUCACUGUAAAAUCUGAAGAAAUGAUAAUAAAGAAAGCAGCAAAUCAGAGCCGUGGCACCGUGGAGCUGAGUUUUGCUGCCUCACACAUCACUAAAAGACAAAGAAAGACAGAGCGAGCUCAAGAUAACGUGUAUACUGAUGUGAUUUACUCUUCUGUUUCCUAGAUCUUAUGUUCUCUUCAUGACCUCCUGGUUUUCCUUCUUACCUUUCAAAAACAUGGUAGUAGGUGAACUGGUGAAGAUAAAUUGUCUGUAGGUGUGUGUGAAUGUCUAAAUGUGUGUGUUCAUGGUGUCCUAUGAAGGACUGGUAAAAUAUCCAGGGUGCAUUCCCAUCAUGAUGUCUAGUAUUCCUGGGAUUGACUAUGAAUCUUCUGCAUACUGAUUACAGAUAAAACGGUAAAGGAAAGUAAGUGAUAAAUAAAUAAAAGCAAAAGCAAAUGAUGUA